UGUGCAUCAUGUUUGAUGUGGUUUGCUUUUGGUUGUCAGAACUCCAAUGGCGUCAACUUCUACAACAUCCUGACCCAGGAGCCGGAUGAGAGCCGCAGCUCUGCAGCAGGAGAAGACUAUAUCUCUCUGCAGGUACGUCGCCAUAUCAGACCCCUCCACAGCCAAUCACUGAGCCAGCUGAUGAAUGGACUAAUCAGGAAGAAACUGGGCAUCAUCCCCCAGAACGUCACCUGGGGAGGCCAGGCAGAGGAGGUGUUCAGCUACAUGGCAGGAGACUUCAUGAGGCCUGUGGUGGACGUAGUGGACCAGCUGCUGAGCGCCGGAGUUAACGUCACCGUCUACAACGGCCAGCUGGACCUCAUCGUGGACACCAUGGGUCAGGAGCUGUGGGUGAAGAGGCUGAAGUGGGAGGGGCUACCUGUCUUUAACAAGAUGAGGUGGACCCCCCUGGACGAUCCCACCUCCCAAGGCGUUACUGGAGCUUUCUGCAAGACCUAUAAGAACUUUGGCUUCUAUUGGAUCCUCAAAGCAGGUCACAUGAUCCCCUCAGACCAGGGCCCGAUGGCCUUGCAGAUGAUGAAGAUGAUCACUCGGCAGGUUUAAUCUCCAACUCUGAUGCCAGCUGGAAUGGCUCUGACAAUCUCUAUGAUCACAUGACCUUUUUUUUUUAAAUGUUCUGCUAAACCAAAUCAAGAGUCUGAGCUCUGUGAUUAAAACACUGACCUGUUUAACUUUCAGCCAAAAAACAAUAAAGGCACUUUACCUUGG